AAUUAUCACGAUGAUUCCGAUCCGAUGAACUUUACUUUUCUGAUGCAAUAAUAUUGUUCACUGUUCAGUAAAUUUAGUAAUAAGCCAUCAGUUUUGAUUUAAUUAAAGUGUGAUCGUAAUUAAUCAAAAUGCCAGGAUUUAAUUUCCAUAAAAUAUUCGCCUCCUCGGCGUACCCAAUGUUUAAAUCACAGCAGAAGAAACUCAGGUUCCUUGGAAUAUCAUCGGUGACUGCUGGUGUUCUGUAUUGUAAAACGAACUACGUCACUAUGGCUAGAAAAUCCAUAAAUUUAUCAAAUUUCAUGGCUCAACCCAUCACCGAUGUUGAAAUACUCGAAAAAAAUAGUAACGAAAUGAGAACCAAAGUAGAACUUUUAAUUAUGAAGACACAAGCCGACUUUUGCCAAGCUUUAAAAGGCGAAGAAAUAGCCGGCGAUUUCAAAAUCGAUCGUUGGACGCGAUCUGAAGGCGGUGGAGGUAUUACUUGCGUCUUACAGAAUGGUCGAGUUUUUGAAAAAGCUGGAGUCAAUAUUUCAGUAGUGCAUGGUUUCUUGCCACCUGAAGCUGUAAAGCAGAUGAGAGCUCGUGGCAAAAAAAUCCAGGACGGUGAACAAGUACAAUUUUUCGCUGCCGGAGUUAGUUCUGUAGUUCACCCUAAAAAUCCCAAAGUCCCCACUGUUCAUUUUAAUUAUCGGUAUUUUGAGACGACUACUGAUAGCGGAAUUACCGAGUGGUGGUUCGGUGGCGGUACUGAUUUAACACCUUAUUACUUGAACGAAAAGGAUGCUGUGCAUUUUCAUGGAACUUUAAAGAAGGCUUGUGAUAAACAUGAUAAAGAGUACUACCCUAGUUAUAAAAAAUGGUGUGAUAAUUAUUUUCUAAUAUCCCACAGAGGUGAAUGCAGAGGAAUUGGAGGCAUAUUUUUCGACGAUUUGAACAAACCAUCAGAUAAAAAAGCUUUUGCUUUCGUUACAGAUUGCGCCGAAGCAGUAAUCCCAUCAUAUAUUCCGUUAGUUCAACAACAUAAAAAUGAUCCUUAUACUGAGCAAGAAAGAGACUGGCAAUUACUUAGAAGAGGUAGAUACGUAGAAUUCAAUUUAAUUUACGACCGUGGAACUAAAUUUGGCCUAUAUACUCCUGGUGCCAGGCACGAAAGUAUCCUCAUGUCGUUACCUUUAUUAGCUAAAUGGGAAUACAUGAAUAUCCCACAACCAAAUACCCCGGAGAGAGCACUAGUGGAAGUAUUGAAACAUCCAAAAGAUUGGGUUUAGAUUCAUCUUCGAGUUUUAUUUUGCGCUUCACUUCAAACCAACAACGAUGUAGUUACGAGUGAAAUUCUAACACAGUUCGUGUCGACGUCUGAGAAAUUCAUAAACACACAAAUGAUCAAGAAAAACUUAAUACAAUCGUAUUCUGAUGGCAUUUACUAAAUGAAAAUGAACAAUAAAAAUUCUCGUUACAAGUUUUA